AGUACAGGAGAAACGUUUAUGAUUUACUUCUUGUUUAAAGUAGCCAGUUCAGGAUAAACCAAAACUAUCCCACAGAAUUGUUUGUAUUAAAAACAGGGCAAGAGUUGUAGGAAUUAUGAUUAGCAAAAAAAUUGGAGGAUAAACACUGUUCUUGUCAAGACACUUCUUUGGGAAACCCCGUGUUGCUUCCAGGAAGAUGAAACAAAGAGGAAAACAGCGCGUGAAACCCAAAUCUUGCUUAAGAGGGAUUUCUCUUCGGGCCUACUCACCGUUGACAGGCGCACAUCCCUGUUUUUCUAGUUGCCCCCGGGCCUGACUUGUGAGAGAAAGUAGAGCGCGGGGUUGAGGACCUCGGGCCCUCGCAUCCAUCAUCCCGCGACUGAAUUCUAGCUCGAGUUUAAGGAAAACUACUCAGUCGCUUUGUGCUUGUUUCCCCAUCUAUAUGGUGGGGACGGUUGAGAGAACUGAAUGAGAUUAUACAGACCUUGGGGCGGGGCCUAGCAUAUAGGAAGUCCUCAACAUUUGUGGGUUAUUAUGUCAAGAGUUUUCCCCAGUGCCCCCGUGGCCAGGCUUUCUCCGUGACCAUAAUAAAUAUGAAUGGCAUCAGAGCCCGCGGGGCAGGGGCCACGUGAUCCCUCCGCGAAAGCACUUGUCGGGGCCUUCUGAGAACUAAUUAGCAAUAAGACUGGAAAGGGACAGGCCAGCACGCCGCGGCCACCCGCGAUUUCCCGCCGCGCCCGCGUCCCGGCGGCGGGCGGGCUCCGGAGGUGCUGGGGCCGCGGCGGCGGCGGCGGCGGCGGCGGCGCGAGCGGCGCCUCAGGGCCGGUGAAUCAUCCCGACACACACGGGCAGCCGCGGCAGCACGGCGCAGCGCCGGAAGAUGGCUGAAGCGGGCACGGGCUUUCUGGAGCAGCUCAAGUCCUGCAUAGUUUGGUCCUGGACGUAUCUCUGGACCGUGUGGUUCUUCAUCGUGCUCUUCCUGGUCUACAUCCUGCGAGUGCCCUUGAAAAUCAACGACAACUUGAGCACAGUGAGCAUGUUUUUGAACACAUUGACCCCGAAGUUCUACGUGGCCCUGACAGGCACAUCCUCUCUAAUAUCAGGGCUUAUUUUGAUAUUUGAAUGGUGGUAUUUUCGCAAGUAUGGAACAUCGUUCAUUGAGCAAGUCUCAGUGAGCCACUUGCGCCCCCUUCUGGGAGGGGUUGACAACAACUCCUCCAACAAUUCUAACUCUAGUAACGGGGACUCAGAUUCCAACAGGCAAAGCGUCUCAGAAUGCAAAGUAUGGCGAAAUCCACUAAAUUUAUUUCGGGGCGCUGAAUAUAAUCGGUACACUUGGGUGACAGGACGAGAGCCUCUGACUUAUUAUGACAUGAAUCUCUCUGCCCAGGACCACCAGACUUUCUUUACUUGUGACUCGGACCAUCUGCGUCCCGCAGAUGCAAUAAUGCAGAAAGCCUGGCGAGAGAGAAAUCCCCAAGCUAGGAUUUCUGCAGCUCACGAAGCCUUAGAGAUAAAUGAAAUUAGGUCCAGAGUUGAAGUUCCCCUAAUUGCUUCCUCUACCAUCUGGGAGAUAAAAUUGUUACCAAAGUGUGCAACUGCUUAUAUUCUCUUGGCUGAAGAGGAAGCGACAACCAUUGCCGAAGCAGAGAAGCUGUUUAAACAGGCCCUGAAGGCUGGGGACGGCUGCUACCGGCGUUCCCAGCAGCUACAGCACCACGGAUCCCAGUACGAAGCCCAACACAGACGAGACACCAAUGUCUUGGUCUACAUCAAAAGAAGGCUAGCAAUGUGUGCCAGAAGACUCGGAAGGACGAGGGAAGCAGUGAAAAUGAUGAGAGAUCUGAUGAAGGAGUUCCCCUUGCUGAGCAUGUUCAACAUCCACGAGAACCUUCUGGAAGCCCUCCUGGAGCUGCAGGCGUACGCGGAUGUCCAGGCCGUGCUGGCGAAGUAUGACGAUAUAAGCUUACCAAAGUCGGCAACAAUAUGCUACACAGCUGCCUUGCUCAAAGCAAGAGCUGUCUCUGACAAAUUCUCUCCUGAGGCUGCGUCUCGGCGGGGGCUGAGCACGGCAGAGAUGAACGCAGUGGAGGCCAUUCACCGAGCUGUGGAAUUCAACCCUCACGUUCCCAAGUACCUCCUAGAAAUGAAAAGCUUAAUCCUGCCCCCAGAACACAUCCUGAAGAGAGGGGACAGUGAAGCCAUAGCCUAUGCGUUCUUUCACCUGGCUCACUGGAAGAGGGUCGAAGGGGCUUUGAACCUUUUGCAUUGUACCUGGGAAGGCACUUUUCGGAUGAUCCCGUACCCCUUGGAAAAGGGGCAUCUGUUUUACCCCUACCCAAUCUGUACAGAAACAGCAGACCGGGAACUGCUUCCGUCUUUCCAUGAAGUCUCAGUUUACCCAAAGAAGGAGCUUCCCUUCUUUAUUCUGUUUACUGCUGGAUUGUGUUCCUUCACAGCCAUGCUGGCCCUCCUGACACAUCAGUUCCCGGAACUUAUGGGGGUCUUCGCAAAAGCUAUGAUUGACAUGUUCUGCUCGGCAGAGCUCAGGGACUGGAAUUGCAAGAGUAUUUUCAUGCGUGUUGAAGAUGAACUGGAAAUCCCAUCGGCACCUCAAUCUCAACAUUUCCAAACCUGAACUCAUCAGGCUCCUUCCCUCACCACCAAAACCACUCCUCCUGUACUCCCGACCUCCGCCAGUGGCGGUGCCACCCUCUUAGUUGCCCCAGCCAGGAACUCAGCAGCCCUCCUGAGCUCCUUCUCCCACUGCCCACACCCCAGCGCUCUCCACCACUUUGGGUCUAACCUCCUGAGCCACUAGACUUUCAGUCCGUGUGAUUCACCUCUUCCUGUCCUCCUGUCCCCCACGGCCUCUCUCUUAGUUUAGGUCUUUGUUAUUUCUUGCCUGGACUCCUGCAAAAGUCUUUAACUGGUCUCCUUGCCGCCAGUCUUAUUCUCUGCCAAUCUUUCUUUCAUACUGACACAAAAAUGAUCUUUCUUAAUUACAAGUCUGAGCAUGUCACUUCCCUGCUUCAAUUUCCCCAAUGGUCUCCUCCCAUCUUCAGGAUAAGCCCCAGCUCUUUAGCAUGGCAUGCAAGGCCCUUUGGGGUCUGGCCCUGCUGGCCUGUUCUGCCUCAUCUCAUCCAGCUCUGCACAGACACUGCUCUUGGGCCACAGUGAAUUACUCACCAUUCCCGGUGCACCAGGCAGCUGUCCACCUCAGGACCUUUGCACGCGCAGUGUGCUCUGCAUGGAAUGUUCUUCCCAUGCCCACCCGACCUGUCCACUCUACUAAUGCCUCUCUAUUAUCCUCAGCUUUCGUUCUAAGUUUCUCCUAAGCUGAGUUAGAGCUCUGCUUUGUGAUCCCACAGUAUUCCAUGAAUACCUAUAUCAUCACAUUUACUGUACUGGAUGAUAAUUGUUGAAAACUUGUCUGUCGCCCUUUAGAAUGGGAGCUCCUUGAGAGCAGGACUGUGUCUUCCUCAUCUCUGUAUCCCCAAAGCUUUGCACAGUGCAUUGCACAUCGUAGGUUAUCAAUAAAUGAUUAUUAAAUAAAUAAA